CCAACAUAAGCCAGAUACAAAGCCACUUGUUUUGGCCUGUUUACGUGUUUAUUGCACUUCGCGAGUCAACGCCGCACAAAAUUCGCCGCGCUUAAAGCUGUGCUGUGCAUCGAAAAUCGUUGCGUUCGUCUCGUUCGACUUGCCCUACCCUUUCUGCGACGUUGCGAGACCGCCUUGUCUGGGCUGUCGUCUGGCAUCUUAUCGGUGACGCUGCGACGUCUCCCUCCGUCCCGGACGAAUGGGCGUGCGACUCGAGCGAUGAGGACCGCUACGCGGCGAUAAGCUUUCUUAUCUCGCCUUGAAAAAGCUUUUGACGGCCGGCGAGCCUCCAUGCGCCAGUCUGGCACCGAGGAGCGCAGCGAAAGCAAGUCCAUGGCGGACGUCAUCAUCAGCUCACCACUCGUCAAGUCAUUCCUCGCCGGCUCACUGAGCGGAACGUUCUCCACACUACUGUUCCAGCCAUUGGACUUGCUGAAGACCAGACUACAACAACCACAGAUUUCUGGGGAGACCUCAAGAGUGGGUAUGUUCAAGCAUGUCGUCCACGUCGUCAAAAACGAAAGAGUCUUCGGUCUGUGGAAAGGCACAGUACCUUCCAUCGUUCGCUGCGUUCCUGGAGUCGGAUUGUACUUCUGCACGCUUCAUUUCCUCAAAACAAGCCUCCACCUUGACAACCCAAGCUCGAGCGAAGCCAUGUUCCUUGGCGCCAGCGCCCGGUCCAUAGCUGGUGUUGUGCUGCUGCCGGUCACAGUCAUCAAGACAAGAUUCGAGAGUGAAGUGUACCACUAUAGGACUAUGAGCGAGGCCACGAGAGACAUCUACAGGACAAGUGGCCUUCGAGGUCUUUACUCUGGUCUUAUUCCGACCUUGGUGCGCGACGCUCCGUACUCUGGAAUCUACCUCGUCUUCUACGUCCAGGCCAAGCGCUUCAUCCCUGAAAGAGUGAGGGAAGGGAGCCACCUGGUGGCCGCCAACUUCACGUGCGGCGUGGCCGCAGGCCUGCUCGCCUCGCUCGUCACGCAGCCGGCCGACGUGAUCAAGACCCACAUGCAGCUGCAGCCCGGCAAGUUCCGGAGUAUCCUCGCCUCCGUUCUCCUCAUUGCCAAGGAGGAGGGCAUGGUUGGUUAUUUCCGUGGGCUGGUACCAAGGAUGCUGCGGAGGACGCUGGUCACUGCCAUGGCUUGGUCAUUCUACGAACAGGCAAUCACUACAUGACGUCUGCUUACACCGUGGUAUUGUCCGUGUCUGUGUUGUGUGGUUACCAAAGGAUUCAUCAAGAAGUGAACCAAAAACAGUCUUUCAGUGUGCCAGAGCUAAAAAAAAAAAGAAGUCUUCAUGAGAAGUUUCGUCCAGGCAAUGACAAUCCUCUGUGACCCCUUGGCCUCUAAGCUCAUACUCUGUCCCUGUACUGCAGAUUGCCAGUGAAAUCAUCCUCCACACUCAAUACCUCACUGUACAUACAUCUCCCACUGUUUGUUACUGAAUCUAGUCGUGCCCUUAGUCCACAAACUCCUUUGCCCGCAAGCAGUGUUGGGUAGCAUCUGUGAUUCAAGCCAGGGUGGUUCGUGGUGAGGUGACUCGCUGGUGCUGAGGUGGUUUUGAGAGCUUUGCUGAAUUGUAUCGACAUGUUGUUUCACGUUCAUGUUGUUUCGAAUGGCUGUACCUCGUGUGUAAUUAGCUUUCCUUUUUCACUUCUGUGCUGCCACGGCUUCUUUACGGAGCAUCUAACAGAGCACACUGCUUGCUCAUUCUUAAAGCACUGUAAUUAAUCACUUGUUAGCCGCAUAAAUUACUUUUUCUUCAGGCUGCAGGCUGCUACACUAUCAUGCUGGCAGCAGUUGCCUUGCACUCGAGUUCAAGAAGGAACAUGAAGUGAGCAUUCACAUUUUGGAAAUAAGCUUUAGAAGAAUGUUGUUUUAGAACUUUAAAAGAGGGUUCAUCAUUUGGAAUGGUUCCUGUUUCUUGAUUGCGCUCAAGCAUGUGCAAGUGAGGAUUUCGUUAUUCUAUAGGAACAACUACUUGCAGACAUUCAUAUAUGGUGGUUAAAUGAUCCUCGAGAGCCUUGGGAGAGUAAUUGCAGCCUGUAAGGCUACCUUUAUCAUGCUGGAAAACACUAUACACUUUGUUGCAAAAGUUUACAGAACGUAGAGACCUGAAAAGCUCUAAAUUUUUUUAUAGCCUGGAAGCAAGAAGCUGAGUGCUGCGGUUUUAUGUUACGUCUACCAGCAUAUUCAGCUUUUUGUAGCCUACAUGUUCCAUGACAUCUGUGGCCCUUAGUAACAUGCUGUGACCUCUCCAACUUUAUUAGACAUGGGCUAAGUCUAGUGCGAGUCACUCGCAUGUUUGCUGAUGCGUGCACUUUUUUCGACGGGUGGCGGGUGGUUCGUAUUCAGAGUGUCAAUGUUGCCUUGCACAUGCUGCCCUUCGCCUGCGAAUACAGCCAGUGGUGAGCUAAAGAAAUGAAUUCUAAGGAAAGUGUUACAUUGUUUCUGUGACAUCGAACCACAAGCGUUGCCUCAUGUAGGUUGUCCCUUUCUACAAAUUUAACCAGAAGACAGGUUAGUGAAAUGUAUUCAUAAGCUUGAAAGGAUGGCAUUGUUUUGCUGUUUAACUUGUCAAAAAGCAAGGGAGGGUUGUGUGUGAGCCAGGAUAUCUUUACAGUUGCAAGUGAAGAUGCAGUCAUGCAAGAGCAACCUGUGACGAUGUUUUGUGGCUUAUGCAAUGCAACUGUUGCAGCACCGUCUAUGCAACUAGUUUUCAUGCAUACCAUCAAUGCUAUUUCUUUGUACAAAGUUCUUCUUGCAUGUUUUUCGUACAUUUGUACAGAUGGAAGCAUGAUCUUUUUACAUCUACUGGCUCUGAAGAAGUGUCUGAUCUGUUACAGCGAAGCAUCGCUCUCAACAGUUUGUUUUUAACUUGGCCUAAUCAGCAGAGUAUUAAAACUAGCGCUACACUUGUGAAGCAGAGAUUACACUGAGCGCUUAUCUUCUCUGAUUAGUAGCCUGUGCCUUCGGAUGCUUUAACCAGAGCUAUCUUAUGUAUAGUUAUCAAUUUCUUGAACUGGACUGUAUUUUGUAGAUACACAUCAAAAUAAAUAGUUUUUAAUGGCA